AUGGGAGGGUCACUUUCGAAAGCUUUGGCCAAGAUCUUUGGAAACAAAGAAAUGCGCAUCUUGAUGCUUGGCUUGGAUGCUGCUGGCAAAACAAGUAUCCUUUUUAUCGGUUCUAUGACACUUGAAUCUGUUUUGGCUCAAUUCUUCUUAAUGUUCUCUAUUACAAUUCUUUAUAAACUAAAACUUAAUCAAUCCGUUACAACAAUCCCUACCGUUGGCUUCAACGUGGAAACUGUGACAUAUAAGAAUGUCAAAUUCAAUGUUUGGGAUGUUGGUGGUCAAGACAAGAUUCGUCCACUAUGGCGUCAUUAUUAUACUGGUACUCAGGGACUUAUAUUUGUGAUUGACUCCCAAGAUCGCGAUCGAAUUGAUGAAGCACGUCAGGAAUUGCAUAGAAUUCUUUCAGAUCGCGAAAUGCGAGAUUGUUUAUUAUUAGUAUUUGCCAACAAACAAGAUUUGCCGGGAGCAAUGUCACCUGCUGAAGUAACAGAAAAACUUGGAUUACAUCGUAUGAAAGAACGAUCUUGGUACGUUCAUCCUUCUUGCGCGACCACUGGGGAAGGUUUAUAUGAAGGAUUGAAUUGGCUAAAUCAAAAUACCAAAACGAAAUAA